ACACACACACACACACACACACACACACACACACACACACACACACACACACACACACACACACACACACACACACGGCGAAAGAGAGCGAGACCAGGGUGGCCCGACGUAUCUCCGGGUGACGUCAGCCCAUCGUGUCUGUUUCUUCCAGCGACUCGCCUCGUCCACAGCUCAGUCCCGCGCGGCGCGCCUUGCGUUUCGCUUCGCUGAAGAGACUUUAAAAUUCAAAGUCAAUUCAAAAGGAAACACUACAGAAUCUCAGCCGGACUUCAUGCAACUGCUGUUGUACAUACACGCGCGUUCACACACACACGCACACAUACGCAUAAAAAAAACAUACACACACACGCGCACCCAUGUCAACACGCGGUGGAAUAAGGAGGAGCAGAAUUUGACAAAGUUAAGCCCAUCACUGGCUUGUUAUUACCUCUGAUGACCCAGAAGAAUCCGCUGGACAGCGUUGGAAAGGUGACUAUACGUUUUGGAUUUUACGCCUAUAGUUUAAAAACCUCCAUAGCACUUUCUUGGAAGUUUUCUUCGUGCGCCGUAAACAGGUGGGAUCGUGUUAUUCUAGACAGAAAAGUGGAUUCCAUCAGAAGUGACUCAAAGAGAGAUCGUGCUUAAACAAGUCUACCGUGUAUCACCACAGCCCUCACAGGAAAGUGCUUUUAGGUUUAUGUUAGUCAGAAGGUGUCGAGACAACCCGUGCCUGUGUCAGAGAGCGAAAGAAGAACUAGACGACCGCGAGCAAGCGACUUGAAACCCAAAUAAAAAACGGCAAACACACAACAGUUCCGCUCGAAACAGGAAUUGUAAAACCACUUUGAAUCCCUGCAUUAGAAUAACAAACCCCUGCCAUGGACGGUCCACUGUGCCAUCCUCCGGACGCUUUGAACAUGGACACUGCAUAUCCAACGCUGUGCGUUAAUUCGUUAUUAUCCCACGAUAAUCGCCAGACCCUUCGUCUUUAUUAGUAAGAAGGACGACCACACAUCUUUUUUUUCUUUGUCGCAACGCAUCAUCAUGGGGUUAACCAUGGUCGACAAGAGCGCCCCGUGCCACUUGAAGCAGACCAUCGACGCCAACAUGAGUCCCCUGAUCAGCGCCGUCAUGUUCGCCGCGGGAGUGUUCGGUAACGUGGCUGCACUCGUUCUCCUCGAGAUCCGUCGUCGGCGGGAGUCCGGCGGCGCGCAUCGGCGCUCGCUCUUCAACGUGCUCGUCACGUCGCUGGUGGCUACCGACCUGACCGGCACGUGCCUCGUCAGCCCGCUGGUGCAGAUGUCGUACUCUUUCAACACCACCCUGGUGGCCAUGACGCGCGAGGGAUCCCACGUGGCGUGCGCCUACUUCGGCUUCAGCAUGACCUUCUUCAGCCUGGCCACCAUGUCCAUCCUGUUCUUCAUGGCGCUGGAGCGCUGCCUGGCCAUCGGGCAUCCGUACUUCUACGGCCGCUGCGUCACCAAAAAGUGCGCCUACAUCACCCUCCCCUCGCUGUUCUGCCUCUGCGCGCUCUUCUGCUGCCUGCCCUUCGUGGGCUUCGGCGAAUACGUGCAGUACUGCCCCGGCACGUGGUGCUUCCUGGACAUGAACCCGCAGAGGCCGGGGCACCGCGCGUACGCCAACCUGUACGCCAGCGUCAUGCUGGCGCUCGUGCUGGCCAUCGUGGCGUGCAACGGCUCGGUGGUGUUCCACCUGGUCAAGAUGUACCGGCGGCGCCGGAGGAACGGCGGCUCGGUGACGGCGCGCUUCAAGCGGGAGCGCGGCGUGGUCUCCCUGGCCGAGGAGGUGGAGCACCUCAUCCUGUUGGUGUUCAUGACCAUCAUCUUCAUCAUCUGCACCAUGCCGCUAGUGGUGCGCGUCUAUCUCAACUCGUACGAUAAGGCCAGCGAGUCCCACCCGGCGGAGCUCAACGCCCUGCGCUUCAUCUCCGUCAACUCCAUCAUCGACCCCUGGGUCUUCAUCUUCUGGUCCCCCAGCGUGCUGCACUUCUGCUGGGCGUCGGCGUGCCGCCGGCCCCUGGCCUCGCCCCGGGCCUCCACCCUCAAGUCCUCCACGUCGGAGCAGCGGCUCAGGAACGUUCAGCUGGUGGUGAGCCAGCCGCCGUCGGCUGACUGCAGCCGCUGCCUGGGGUCCGAGCCCACCCUAUGCACCAUGGAUGUCUGA